AUGUACAUUUGGCAUAUAUUUAUUUUUAUAACGUCAAUUUUACAAAUUGUUAAUGCAUUACCUCGUAAAUCAUCUAAACCAUACACAAUUACACUAAAGAAAAAAACAAUUUCUAAGUCAAAUAUAUUGCAUUAUGUUUCAAGUCCGUCUACUACUAUUAACAUAAAGCGAGCUGCUACAGAACCUUUAAAAAAUGAAUUUCAUCAUGAUUUUGCGUAUUUUGGUGAAGUUACUCUCGGCGGACAAAAAUUCAAUGUAAUGAUUGAUACUGGAUUUGGUGAUUUUUUAAUUCCAUCUAUAAAUUGUACUUCUUCUGCAUGCGAAAAUAAAGCCAAAUAUAAUCCAGAAAAUGACAAAUCUUUUGAACAAG